ACAUCACUUACGCAUGCGCACGAAGCUUCUUGGGACGGCGAAUAUCUUGCCAAAAUCCAUCAUUGCUUCACUGUCGCGCACGCGCGAAAAACACGAUUGGGAUCAAUACACUGGUUUCAAGUGAAUUCUACUUUCAGUCGUUGGAACAUGCUUGUAGAAGUCAUUGGUUGAGUGACAUUUGUGAAAAUGUCUACUCCACCACAUUUACUGAGUCUAAAGUGGGCCACAGUAAUGGACCAGCAUGCCCAACUGGCUGCCCAAGUACAGGCACAGGCUGCUGUACAAGCCGCUCAUACUCCGGUAGAAAUUAUAGUUAAGCCAUCGAUGUCUGAGAUGUCUGAACAACCAGAGCUUAUAUCAGAAUAUGAACUUCUGGAAAAAGCACAAAAGUGGCAAGUGCUGCAGUUAAAGCGGUUUGCAAAUUUAAAAAGGAAGCUUGAAUUACUGGAUAUCGAUUGCCCUUGCGGAUACAAUCUCAUGUUCUGCCCUAUUUGUCAGGAAUACUGAAUUCACACUGAACAUGUGAUACACAUACUAAAUAAUUACUUUACUAAAUGGUAACUUGCACGCGUAUCGCACUAUUUAUUUUAAAUUACUGAGAUUUUCCGUGUAGUGAAAGCAUUUCUAUCGUGCAAGCGUUUGGCGACGGCGAAUGCCGCGCGCGUUAAACCUUUGAGAAAUUUCCCAACUGAAGUAUCAUUUUCCAUUUAAUCUACGUUAAAACAAUAUACAAACUUAAAUUUACACGUGACUCCGGCGUGACUAAACUCGUCGCCUCGAUAUAACUUUAUUUUAAAUAAUUUUAAUAUUGACAAUGCUUGUCAACGACGAUGCAAUUGAUACAUCUUCUUGAUGAGUAUUAUACUAUAAUAUAUGUAUUUAUGUAAUAUAUGUAUGUAAUAAUGUAUGUAAUAAUAUAUGUAUGUAAUAUGUAAUAUAUGUAUGUAUAAUACAUACAUUGUCGAUAUUAAGGAUUCUAUAUCCUCACUUUGACUGUUAUUUAAUUAUGUCAAAAACGAGAAAUGGCAUUUCAAUUUAUAUUGUCAAGUUAUGGAAAUUGAAAAAUACAUGCAUAAAAUGAUAAUCUUGAUCGAUUCAGCACAUUUGUAAAAAUGUUCAGACACUUUAACCUCAGUAAUAUAUAUAUGUAUAUAUAAUAAAUUUAUUUAAAAAAUUUUAAUUUAGAAUUUUAAUAAUAAAUUUAUUAAAAUACAUUUAUAUAUUAAAUUUAUAUAUUAAAAAUUAUAUGUUAAAAAUUAGUGUAACAUGCAACUUGCAUUUUUAACCCAUCUGAUUUCCCCUGAUUUCUAUUGCGUUAAUUUUACGGCUGCUUAUUAAUUGUUUAGGUUAAAGGAAAGUGUCCGGAUAUUUUUAUAAGUGUGCUGAAUUGAUCAUAACUGUCAUUUAGUGUAUGUAUUCUUUGAUUUCUAUGUAUACUGUAAUAUAAAUUGGCAUACAAUUUCUCGUUUCUGACAUCAUCAAAUAAGGACAGCCAUAGCAAGGACCUAGGAGCCUUAAGAUUAUUUAACAGAAAGUGUUUAUUUAGUACGCGUAUCAAAUGUUUAGUUUUAAGUUGAUUGUUCCAAUCCUAUAGUAAGCUACCUGACAGUUCAAAUGUGCAGGCGGCCUAACUCUCCUCUUGAAAAGAAGAGGGACGAUUUUCAGCGCCUCUAUCAUUGGUCUCACCAACCGAACUAAAGAGAUCACGUGAUGUGGAAUGAGGAUAUUUAAAUCCAUUUGGGCGCGCACGAGAGAAUUCAUAUAUUUGGAGUAUAAAUCUUUGGUUUGUUCUUUUUAGCUGCACUGCUAAAUUAAUGCAAUAAGUUAGAGUGAGAAAAAUAUAUUUGUCUCAUUUUAACUUAUUACACUAGUUCAGCAGUGCUGAAAAGAACAGACCAAAGGUCAUAUCUUACAAUCAAGUAACGGUAAUAUUAUAUCAAUAUUAUAAUUUUCUACUUUCUUCCCGGUUUUAUAGCUAAAGACAGUGUAGCUUUGCUUCUCCUUUAUUUUAAAUAAAACUAAAAGUUUUAUGUUAGCAAUAGUUUCUAUGUUUACUAGUGUAGCAGGCAUUCAUUGUUGUUAAAUUAUUUUUUAUAUAUGUCUAUAAAUAAAAUAUUUUAUAUAUA